AGAUAGUGCUCAGGACAGAGGGGCAGCAGCACUCAGAAAAUAAUCAGGAUUUGAAACUAUUCUGGGCAAUUUUUGGAAGUGAUCGGCAAGAUGGAUUUGGUACAGAUGUUUCUGAACUUGGCAUUUCCUCCAUUGGCGAUGUUCUUCUUGGCAUUGGCGUUGCCUCCUUUGGCAUUGAUGAAGAUGUGUGGGUGGGUCUACCAUUUCAUAUUUUCUGAGAAUAUGCAGGGGAAAGUGGUACUAAUCACUGGUUCAUCUUCUGGAAUUGGAGAACAAAUGGCUUAUCAAUAUGCCAAGAAAGGAGCAAAAUUGGUUCUGGUUGCUAGAAGAGAAGACCAUCUUAAGGCUGUUGCUGAUAAAUCAUCCUCCAUUGGCGCUCCCGCUGUUCAUGUAAUUGUUGCUGAUGUUUCCAAAGAGGAGGACUGCAAAAACUUCAUAGAGGAAACAAUCAGAAUCUAUGGUCGCUUAAACCAUCUGGUGAACAAUGCUGGGAUAGCUCACAGUUUCCUGUUUGAAGAAACAGUUGACCCUACUCGCCUUCAACAAGUGAUGGAUGUUACAUUUUGGGGAUCUGUUUACCCAACUUAUUAUGCGAUUCCCCAUCUGAAGCAGGUUUCUGGUAGAAUAGUGGUGACUGCUUCUGAUGCAGGCUGGUUACCACUGCCCAGGAUGAGCCUCUAUAAUGCUGCCAAAGCGGCAGUGAUCAAUUUCUUUGACAGCUUGAGAAUCGAACUGGGUCCCUCUGUUGGCAUCACUGUUGCAACCCCUGGAUGGACAGAGUCUGAGAUGACACGGGGCAAAUUUAUAAAUAGACAGGGAGACCUGCAAUUCAACCAAGAUGUCCGAGAUGUACAAUUAGGGCCUUGGCCUGUAGUCUCGGCAGAGGAGUGUGGGAAGGCUAUAGUGAAUGGUGCAUGCAGGGGAGAGCGGUCGGUGAGCAUCCCCAAAUGGGGUAAUGUUCUCUUCCUUUACAGACUCUUGGCUCCUCAACUACUGGAAUGGGCUUCAUAUUUAUUCUAUGUCAGAGCAGCUCCCCAACCCCUUAGCAAGACUGCUGUCGAUGCAACUGGAGCUAAGAAGAUCUUGUACCCAUCUUCUAUACGCCAGCCCUUGAAGUCAGAAUAAACUUCAAUUCAUCAAAUAUCAAGAACUGCAACCUCCUCAGCCGACUAAAUGGACUAAUUUUCGAGUGACUAUGCUACAUCUCACAAGCCUCUUUUUGUGAAUAAUUGAUGUUUUGUAAUCAAGGGUAAUCAAGGGUUUCCUGUAUGAAUGUGUAUACUUUUCUGUAGCUGUUA